UGACUUUACAGUUUCUAGAUUCUCCCUGUGGUAAUGAGAAAUCUUCCCAUAUGAUAUACAAUGGAACUCUAUUGGUAUAUAAUAGUGAUUAUAUUUAUUAUUGUCAAAAUCUUCUUCUACAUUUGCUGGUAUCGCUCAAGGCAGCGACAACUAGAUGCUUAUCUGAGCAAUCCACGGAAUGCCCAGAUAGUGAUUGUCGGAGGCAGGGCCUAUCUACAUCAACUCUGUGAACGGCAAAAUAGUCCUAUGUGGUAUAGCUGGUAUGGUGGUCAGGAUGACAGCUCUGUUGGUGAACCUUCUGGGUCAUUACCUCCUGCUCCUUCUUACAGUCAAUUAGAGGUACCACCACCAUAUGAAGCAGUGUCAAGAGCUCAUUCAGAUGAUUUGAAACCUCCACCAUAUACGGAGUAUGCAGCCGGUAGUAUUGAAGAAACUCGUGCCCUCUCCAUACCAGAAGGGUAUGAUGCUUGCAGCUUGAGCGAUGCUCCUCCUCCAUACACUCCUCGCCCAUCAGUUGACGCUGAACAGCAGGAUAAUGUGACACAACCUAAUUCCCAGGAGUCAGGCGGUACCACUACAACAGGCUCACCAUGUGAAGUCUGAAAAAAGAAAAUCCACUUCCUGGGACUUCUGUGGAAAGUUAUUUGGUUUUCUUCAGAAAAAUCCAAAGCACCUGAAUUGUCCCUUUUUUUUGGUUUUGUAACAAUUUGAUUUUUUUUGUACAGUUUGAGACAUUUACAGUGAUGCACUACAUAAGAAUGCAUUGUUCACUGUUUGCUGCUAUCAGCACUACCUUCUCUCUUUGCAAACAUUACUCGCACUUUCCAAGGAAGAGCCCAAGCAAAGGAUCAUACCUGAUUGCAAAAGAUUGUACACUUGCCAGUGCCUACAAUAUGUGUACCCCAGUGCUGAGAGGGUGGGGGUUGCUGAGGCUGAGGGAUUGGUUGGGUUGAAUAAGAGAAGUACUCAGCCAUGACACCUGAUGCUGCCAAGCAGGGAGACUGCAAAUUUUAAACCAUGAGUGAUGUCUCAAGUACUCGCGGUUACAGAUAAACAGGAGGUGAGCUUUAUCUGGUGGGCACUAGGAUCACCUUGUGUUCCAGUGUUAUCAAAGUUUCUUCAAGGUCAUUCCUUGCAUUCUAUACUUUGUGAUGUUUUGCCAAGACUGCAUCUUUGCCUCGAAGGAAAGAAGCUUCCUCUUGACAACAUGAAGGGACACCUUCAAUUUUAGAGGAAUGCGCAAAAGUGUAGACUUUAAAGAAGACCUUUUUGUCCUAAUAGUAGUUGCUAAUUUGCUGCAAAAAAUGUAUUUUUUAUAGUAGUGUAUUUUUUUUAAAUUUAGGUGAUUCAACAAUACUCCAAGUUCCCUUCCUCAGAAUACCAAAACUUUCACCUUAAAUAUUAACAUAAGACAAUCCAAUUGUCUCAUUAUUUACACAGAAACCAAACCCCUUUGUUACAGACUUUUAAAGCAAAAGAAAUAUUUGCUAUAUAGAUGGUGUUGUGCAUUGAGAUCUGUUUGAUUCCCUGAAUUAUGAGUGGACUUUGUUACUAACGCUAAUUCUGGUAAGCCCAUUUGCUAUUAGUAUUCUGAAACAUAUCAAUAUUUUCCCACUUUUGGUUACAAGUCUGUAUUUUGGUAAGACUUUAAAAUAAUGUACACUCAUCCCAGAUACAUGGAAUGCCAGGAUUGAAUCUAGAUUAUUUGCACGGAUUUAUGUCCUGUGGUUUUAGUUUAAGUGAACUGAAUUUUAUUUCAGAUCUUCAAACUAUUAUUUGUACUGAUAUAUUUCUCCCAUGCAUUAAACCAAUCUCCAAGGCAUGUUUGAAAGUUUAUAUAUUUUUUAAAAGGUUAUUUAAUUACAUGGAUAGGUAGCUUUGUUGAUCAUGUUUCUUGUGGAUGGUAUUUCAAGAAUCUCUAAAAUGUAGCCUCUUCUACCUGAACAUCCCUAUUUUAAGAGUUUUCUGUUCUGGUAAUGGUCACGGUUUCCUUAAUUUUAUACUUUACGGUUGGUUGAAAUUUAAAAUUGAAUUUGACAGUUCAUUAGACCUGUGUAAAUGUUCAGACCAACUUGUUGGAUUUGCUAAAUUAUGUAGAUUUUUAACCAACAAAUACAGUUUUGCUGAUUCUGUCUAAAUCUGUCUUUAUUCCUCUGUUUUGUUUUUAUGGUACUUUUGUUUGAUACAAUUAUUCUUGAUCAGUGUCCACAACAUAGAAAGAUUUUGGCAGUUUUUCUUUAAAGCGAUAAGAAAUAUGUCCCAUUAAAUGUUUUUAUCUCGUCACCAGCAUGCAAUUAAACUGAAAGAUGGAAGUAAACAGUUGGAGCUCAA